AUGCCUAUGAAGGCGUAUCCUAGUCAUUACGACACUCGUGCUCGACUCCGAAGGCGUUCUGUGGACGGCGAGCCUGUCCAGCCCUGGUCUGGCGAGUGGCACGGGGGCGGGGCGCACGGCCGAGUGGUCUAUGGCGUGGGCUUGUUGGAACCUCCUCACGCGCAAAUGGGCCGAGUGAGGCUGGGUCGAUCCGUCGAUUUUGGAGUGAGGAAUGUCAAUGAAGAUGAACCUCCUCUCGCAGCUCUGGUGAAAACGGGCAAAUUGAGGCUGGGAUUAGCGAUUCGUACUGGGGGUAGUUUUUGGUCUCUGGGAGAGCACACGCUUCGCCAUUCUCAAUGCAUCACAGCCACUCCUCGCAAGCUGGGCUGGGGAUGUGACUGCCUCGACGCCAACUAUGGCGCGUCCUUCCAGUCUGAGUAUCGCGGGGCAAAACCCCGGACGCAGGUUGACAGGUGUCGAACAAAGAGUCGAGCAAUCGACUCUCACGAACUAGGUCUCUUGUAG